AGAGAUCACUGCAUUGUGGGGCUUGUCUGCAGUUUGGUUCUGGUGCAGUUGGCAUUAAAUCAUUAAAUAUUUGUGUAAACAUACAUGCUGUUGUAUCUAAUUCCUUCAUAUACCUAAUGAGUUGUUUUUGUGCUUGCAUCACAGUUCAUAAUUGCAAGCAGAGGGACCUUAGUAAAAACUUUGAGGCUGGCAAUCGCUGGCCUUCGUCUAUCAGUAUGAGCAUACAAGCAUUUUGUCCAAUGCCUGGAGAAUUUUCUAGAUCAUUCGGGGCUUUUCUGUUUACAUUGUUAAGCUCAUCAGUGUGAAAGUGUGUAUUUGAUGUGUUGAGCCGAGCGGAAAACAAGGCAGAUUCACAAUGGUUUGCUUGACACAGCAAAAUCUGUCCUCGCAUUCCUGUCGCUUUUGCAUAAUCAACAAUGCAAGUGCCUUUGCUGGCUGCUGCUACAGUGGCACCAGGAUCCAACUGGAAGCCUCUAAACAUUACAUGGUGUGACAACAAGAGCUUGAAAACAUUUUCUGUUGCUAUUUCGCAGCAUGGCCAGUACGGUAUGAGCCGUCAGAGGGUGAGCAGCCCAGUUUUCACUUACUAACACGUUAUCACUGGGACACUGGGAGGAGGAGAAGACCACCAAGCAUGUUCAAGACCAGCUACCGGCGCGAAGUGCGCAAGGAAAAAUAUGAGCACUCUGAUGUAUUUGAGGAUCAAGGCGAAGCGGGGUCCGAAGGCCCUUUCGGCAGUUCCAGCAGGGUACCUGGCUUGGAGAGCCUGCAGGAGCUGAACAGCCGUUUUACCCGCUACAUCAACAGGGCCCGUGUGCUGGAACAGCGCAAUGCGGUUUUCCGCAAGCAGCUGGAGACGCUGCAGCACAUGGAAGAGGCGGCCGGGCUCGAGGAGGUCUUCAGUGAGCAGAUCAGCACGAACCAAGAGCGUAUCCGUGAGCUUCAGGCCGAGCGCGCCAAGCUGGAGAGAGAACUCAAGGAUGCUGAGCGCCUGCUGGAAGAGUUUAGUGACAGAUACAGAAACGAAUGUGAAUAUCAAGACCAACUCCGAGGAACUCUGGAGCAGCUCAAUAAGGAGGCAGACACUGCACUUCUGAGGAACCUGGAGUAUCAGAUUGAGUCUCAGUUCCUGCAGGAUGACAUAAGCGCCACAAAGGAGAGACAUAAAAAGAAUCUUGCCGAGAUACAGACAUACUUGAACAUCCUCCACCAGCUCAACCAGACUGUUGUUUUAAUGUCCAGUGUGUCAAUGGGGAUCUCAGAGGAGCAGGAGAAGCUGAUAAGUCAGAGGAGAAUUCCUGCUUUGAACACUCAGUUAGAGGAGUAUAAGAGUGCUCUCUGUCAGCUACAGGCACAAAAGCACAAGCUGCAAACUGAGACCUCAGCACUGGAGCAGGCCAUCAAGAUCACACAGGAGAGUUAUGAUGAAGAGAUCCAACUGUAUAAUGAGCAAAUCGAAUCGCUCAGAAAGGGCAUUGAGGAGGCUGAGUGCUUGCUGGAGAAAUACACCAACGAGUGCAGACAGCUGGCGGUGUACCAGACCUCACUGGAGAGCGAGCUGGAGAGAUACAAGAGGAUCAUUGAGAAUGAAGACAGCAGACUGAAUUCAGCUAUAAUUGGAAGCCCCAUUAGUCUGCUCACCGCCAAUUACAGAUCACACACUCACAGCCCCACCAUGACCAGCCGAGGGAAAGAUAUCACUCAAGCCUUCCAGGACAUUGCCAGUGUCAAGCCCCGUCAAAAGAACCAGGCCAAGAAGGUGAUCAAAAAGAAAGAGGUUACCUCUAAAGAUGUGACAGAGGAUGUGCAAGAGGAAAAAGACCCUGUUGAGGUUGAAGAAGAGGUGAAACAAGCUGCUCUGUCGAAGGAUGCACCUUGGAACGACGUGCCUGAUGGUGCCCAGAUCAGCAAGGCUUUCGACACGCUCUGCAACAUUGUGCGCAACCGCAUGCGAAGGUACAGGCAGCCUAAACCUAUCACUGAUUUCUAUACUAAAGGCCGCUAUGUCCUGGUGACAGGUGAAUCCAGCUACCUGGACCCCUGCUUCUACAGCACAACACCCUCUGGCCACAUCAUCAUCACCAUUUGUGACAACAACAUCUCCCCGUUCGAGCCCUGUGAGCCUAAAACUCCUUCUCCUCCACCUAGUCCCUCCCCUGCUACCCCCAGAAUUCCAGUAAUUCCUCCCAGUCCCCCAGAUGACAACCACACCAAAAACAAAGACAGCGAGUCAAGUGGGAAGGAAGAUGGUGAUGACCCAGGGAAGAGCCCGACUCCACAGCGUGGCAAGGAUAAGCACAACAAAGACAAAAGUAGGCCACGAGGCCCUCCACCCAUUACCUCAAGCUCCAGCACAACUCCGGAUUCCAUGAGCUACGAGAAGGUGGAAGUGGUGGAGUCUGUGGAGAAGCUUUCACCUGACCUCAGAGUGAAAGGAUAUGAGGAAACUUCAAUGGUGAUGGAGACCUUGAUUGAAAAGACAAGCAAAAAGAAGCAUGGGGACCGGCCUACAUGAGAAAACUCUGGUUUUUGGUGCUGCUUUUCAUCCCUAAGCCAGUGCUUUUCACUAAUAUCGUUUGCCAAAAGAGUUUUUGAUC